AUGGUGAGCGCCACCGUAGCCCGGAAUAUCGUCGGCAUUGUUGGUAAUGUCAUCUCCUUCGGCCUCUUCUUCUCCCCACUACCAACAUUUUGGAAAAUCAUUAAGAACAAGUCCGUCGAGAAGUUCAAGCCUGAUCCCUAUAUCGCUACCGUACUAAAUUGUAUGUUUUGGAUCUUUUAUGGAAUGCCAUUUGUCCAUUCAGAUAGUAUUUUGGUUGUCACCAUUAAUGGCAUUGGCCUCGUUAUCGAACUUGCGUAUUUGGCCAUAUUUGUUCUUUUUGCUGAUAACAAAAGACAGGUGGGUAUCUGUCUUCUGAUUGAAGUCAUAUUCGUGGCCAUUGUUGUUGUCAUAACCAUGUUAGUUUUGCACGAAACCAAAAAUAGAUCACUGAUGGUUGGAAUAAUUUGUGACAUCUUUAACAUCAUGAUGUAUGUUUCUCCUCUAACCAUCAUGAAAAAUGUGAUAAUGACAAAGAGUGUCAAGUAUAUGCCAUUUACUCUUUCUUUGGCCAACUUUUUCAACGGUUGCAUCUGGACAACUUAUGCACUUAUUAAGUUUGAUAUAUAUAUGAUGAUAAGUAAUGGUGUUGGAGCCGUCUCAGGUUUUCUCCAACUAGUUCUAUAUGCAUAUUACUCAUUGUGGGGUUCAAAAGAUGAAGAAAAUACAGAGAAAAGAUCACACAAUAGAAUCGAACUCUCCCCCAUGAAAGCUGGACAAUAUGAAGUCUAA